GCAACGCCACCAAAAACGCCAUACUUCCAAGAGCAUUUUUCGGGGCGAGUUUACAUUUUGCGGAUAAUUGUGGAAAAAGCGGUAAAAGAACGUGCAAACACGAACCCAAAAAUAGCUGCCUAAAUGUGGUCACCACGUGCGAUAACAGCGCCACAGUCAAAACGCUAAAAACCAUCCGUUCCUGGGCGAAAAAAGAGCGGUUCUUUUGCGAGGGCGCUGCAGAGAAAAUUAAGUGUGGUGGGAAUCGGAAUCGGAAUCGGGAUUCUACGCAUUGUACGGCGUAUCAGCUGCCGAAGAUUGUGUGUGCCCCCCAAGCGAAACCAAAACAAAACAAAUUUGCUUGGCCAGCAAUGAGAUCGUAGUACCGACUGCUGCAAGCGAUUCAAUUCGACGACCGCCAUGGACAAGCGGUUCAAGUGGCCGCUCAAGCAGCGGGCCAACCACUCGGAGGCGCCCUAUCACCACAAUCCGUCGCGUGGUGGCUACCCGCGGCAUCCGGCGGGUCAUCCUAUGCAGCCUUCGCUGCAUCCGCAUCCCCAUCAGCUGGGCCAUCCCAAUCAGCAUCCCGGCAAGAGAAACGCGCGCCAGCACUACGGCUACAAGGGCUACCGCAAGCCGCUGCCGCCGCCCCCGCCUCCCAUGCAAGCGCAGAUGGAGCAGAUGGGGGGCGGGGCCAUGCCGCCGCCGCCUCCUUCGUCCGGCGGAUCAGUGGGUGCCACCGCCGAUGUGGUCACCGUAAUCGUGGAGAACAACAACCUGAAGCGCAUGAUUGUGCUCCACUUGAAGCUGCUGCAGGAGCAGACGGACAGUCUGACGGCCAAGGAGAAGGAACUCGACGAGCAGAGCGCCAAGAUGGGCAUGGUGAUGGCGCAGAAUCAGGAACUGAAGCAGGCGGUCCAACAGCUGGAGGCCGCCAACGAGGAGCUGCGCAAGCAACUGCGAAGAAAGAACCAGCGGCGGCACGACGAUGAUGAUGAUGAUGACGAUGAUCACGCACUGCCACCAGCUGUUCCGCAACAGAAAAUCAUCCGCUGCCAUGCAGAGACGCAAACUGUGAUCAGGGAGCGGGAACAGUGCACCCAGACAAUGGAGGCGAUGGAGCCACAACUGGCUGAGGUGCAGCCCAGGAUUCUGAGUGUGGAGGAGCUUCCCCCUGUGCCCCAUCUAGUUGCAGCGGUAGCCAAUCUCCCAAGCGGCAAGCGCUCCGAGAGCAAAGGCCGCGGCGAGUUCAAUGGCAAGAAAGUGAGCACCUUCAUCCUGCAGCGCAUGAACCAGGACUCCAAGCAUCACAUCCACGAGGAGCAAACCCAGGUGGAGGAACAGGCGCACGAGGAGCAGCUGCAGCUGGAGGAGGUUCAGUUGCAGAUGCAGGAAGUCCAAGCUGAAGAGGUCGUCGGCGGCGAUAUCUUCCACGAUGCCUUGGAAACCUUCGAUGUGGAGGUGGUCACCGAGGAGCUGGUUGAGUUGGAGGAGCAAACACAUGCUGUGGAUGCCAACGGCCAUAUGGAGGAGGAGGAGGAUGAAGAAGAUCAGGACGAGGAAAACGAAAACAGUGAAGAGGACGACGAAGACGAGGACGAUCAGUCGGUGGAUAGCGAGACGGACGUACACUUUCGAAACGAGGACGAUCUCUGGCCGAACCAGAUAAACUCCAUGGAGUUGGACACGACGGCGGAGAAGGCGGUGGCGCCUUCGGCCCACUCAACUCCCAAUCAUCAGCAGAAGUAUCUGCCACAGGCGGAGGUUAGAAAGGAGCCGCUCCAGGAAUGGAAGCCUGAAAAGCGGCUGCAUGAAGAGCCUGAAACAAAAGUGGAUCAGAAAAUAGAGGCCGCUGACCAAAUGGAGGUGGACCGAGUCGAAGAAGCUAAUCUUGCUCUUAAGACCUUGCAAUUCCUGAAGGAAUCGGCACUCAAAGAAAAGGAGACGGCUCAGGAAAAAGUCGUGCAGCUGGCGGAAAUACGCAAGGAUGAAGCGGCAAUCAAACAGAAGGAGAAGGAUCACGAAAAGGUCGUGGGGAUGGCCGAAAUACGUAAAGAGCCGCAGAGCCAUCUGUUUGGAGCGGCCAACAAAGAGAAGGAAAAUGAUCAGGAGAAAGGCGUGGAGUUGGCAGAGGAAGCGGCAGCUAAACAAAAGGAAAAGGUUCCGGAAAAAGGCGCAGAGUUGACGGAAAAACCUAAGGAACCACAGAGGCAUCAUCAUGAUGGAGCCACGGAAGAUCACAAAGCAAUAAAGAAGCAAGAACCAACCGAGGACGAUGUACGCAUGGAACCGGCGGAGGAUGCACUCAAGGAGCAAAUAGAAGCACCUAAAAAGCAACGCAUGGAACAGGCGGAGGAUGUACUGAAGGAGCAAGCAGAUGCACCUAAAACGCAACCACAGGAUUCACCUAAGCAGGCGGUAAAAGCGGCAGUACCCAAGGUAGCUGCUGUCCCGAGUCCAUCUAUUGCAGAAACCAAGUUGCCGAAGGCAAACAACGCUUCUUCUAGUGCUCAUAAACCUGUAGCCAACCAUCAGUCCACCAAGACACAAACAGAGCCGGUGAAAAAGAAGCGGUUGCAGGUUAAUCUCAGACAGCAUGAGAUGUUCUCCGGCAAUAAAACCAACUCCUCCACCCCGCUCGAUCCACGAAAACACAAGAACAGCGAUCCAGCCGCAGGGCCCGAAACUAAGAUCGCAAAACAGGCGACUGUCAAUGAUAAAAGGACUGCUCCGGAAAGGUCUCAGCCCGAAGAUCAGGACUUGGAACAAGUGGAGGCCGUGAAACGCAAACUGCAUGAACAUUUGCGAAAGGAGCUACUUAGCCAGAGUCAGCUCAACCAGAUUGCGCUUAAGAAAACGACAGCAACAACAACGAUUAGGGAGAGAACAGUCACAAAUCUAAUCUAUCCACCACCCAGUGCGCCAUUAUCCUCCACCACAAUAACUCCAGCGCCCACGCCGUCGACGACACCAACGCCUACAUCCUCAAUGGAAACGGAAACGUCUGCAUCGAAAUCGAAGUCCAAGGCAGCUGAACAACAAAUAGCCACUCCUCUGACACCGCAAUCCAAUAGCAGUGUCAGCAGUAGCGCUUCGACAACGCGGAAAACCCUAAACAACAACUGUUCACCCCACACGUACAGCAGGGCAACGGCGAGAUCGGGAAAAUCCAAGUCCAGGUUCCGCACCGCCACUUUUCCGUACUCCACAAGAACGUGGGAGGAUCAGGACAUUCACUGUGACAACGAGUUCUUCCUGGAAGAGGCCGACGAGCUGCUGGCCGAUAAUCCCAGCCUGGAGAUACCCAAGUGGAAGGAUGUCCCUGUGAUGCCCAGCGAAGAUAAGAGCGGUACAGAGCCACUGGACGAUGCUGUCUUCGAGCGGCGGCAUCAGAAGUAUGUAAAGGAUGAGAUUGAUCGCAAGUGCCGGGAUGCACGCUACAUGAAGGAGCAGCUGCGGCUCGAGGGGCUGCGGAAUCGUCGCAACCAGGACGAGGUGUUGGUUACGCUGGAUCCGCUGCCAACGUCCACCUUCUACCCGCUGCCCGAGGACAUCGAGGGCGUGCAAAUUGUCACCGAGGUGACGGUUCAGGCGUUCGGUGAGAAUAUGGUCAACAUGGAGGCGCGUGAUGAUUUCGGCGUCGCCUGGGUGGAUGCCGUCGAAGCGCCAACCUCCAUCGCCAGGUCGAAGGCACUGGCUGAGCCGGUGGCCACGUUGGCCAGCAAAAAGCUGCCCACGACGGCCGCCGAGGCGAGGCAUCAGGAAAACCACUCCUCCUACGUGUUUCCCAAGCGACGCAAGCGCCAGAAGAAUCGUUAGCCAGGAGUCAGCCGCUCCUGGAGGAUCUGCUACGGAAGCUGAGCUGGCGUUUAAGCGGAAGACGUUGCUGAUGUUUUUCAUUUACUAAUUUUUAAUUAUUUCCUAAGCGUAAAGUGAAAGCACCAGAGUUAACAGUAACGAAUCCCAGAGAUCGUCAAGAUGUCAAGUAAUCCAGAUCAGACAAAGUUCAUUGUACAUAUGGUUCCAAAGAGCUGUCCGUGUUUAUUAGUAUAAUAAAAUAAGCGGAAAGAUGACUUCUGGAACAUUUUGAAAAUUAUUGUUGUUCAAUCAAUCUAUCAAUUUUAAUCGUUCGAAAUUUUGUAAGUUAAUAUCAAAGGCAAGUAAUUCGAGCUGUAUUAUUUCAAUUGAAUUGAUAAUGUUUUUAUUUCACGAAAAUACAAGAUUCGAAUCUUUGUUAAAUGCAGCUAAGAUAUUUUCAAAUUUGUAAUCUGGUCUGGAAACGAUUAGUUUUAGUUAACCUUUUGCAAUCCAUUGAAAUUCGACAGAGUUUCACUCUAGCUUGUUUCUAAUUUACGAAACUUUACUUAGUCUCACCAAACAUUUAAUCUAAUCCACUCGCUAAGUUAGAUCGGAUAAUACAUCUCAGCUUUAUCCCCUUUAAGAUCGCCCGCACUGAAGUGAUAAAGAAACAGAAAGGAUAUAAUGUUCAAUGGGCUUUUUUCUUGGCGAAACAAAUGAAAUUCGUAGACUUCUAUUUUUAAAUAUUUUUUUUCCUAGCUUGUAUUACCCUUUUUUUUUCUUUAUUUAUACUAUGUUAUAUCAUGAUGAUGCUCUAAUGUGGACAACGAGUGUGUUGCGAAGAGUUACUCAGGUAUAUCUCUGAUAAUUUUUGUCAUUUUUUUUUUUGAGGGUUUGAUUGUGUGUAAAAAUUGUGUGCGAGUUGUUGUCUGCUUAGAGUCAUCUAAUUUUACAUUUUACGCAUUGUUUUAUUUUAUUAACUUCUAAUAACUUGUUUCAUGUUUACCAAAAAAACAAAAACAAAAACCGUCGAGAAACACAAACAAGAUUUGAAAAAUAAAUAUAAACCUGAAUCCCAAGCUGUAAACAUUUUUGGCCUCACAGGCGCAAUAUAUUUUCCUUUAGCACGUCUUCUGUUUGACUUUCUGUCGCACUGAUAAGGAGCCUGCCAACGUCCGGUGGAAAUCAAAUCCCCAGCUCGCCUUCGAGUGGCGGCUUUUGUUCAUUUCAGUAGGUGUUAAGUCGGUUAUAUGUAAUAUAGCGUUAAGUAGACACGGGUAUCCCAAACGCAUAGAGAGAUAAUUAUAAAGUAACAAAAAGAAUAUGAUACAUUGUACAUUGUCCAGGAGGAGGAGAGUUCAACACCCUUUUUACACCAUUCAAUGUAAUUAGCGUUAAUUAGUUCAAUUUACUGAAGCUUCAACUGAAAAUCAAUUCGAAAUUAAUUGCCACCACUGUAGAGCCGAAAACAAACACACACCUACUCUAAGAAUAAAUGUACUACAUACAAUGUAUUUGUAUUUGUUUAACAAGUUUUAUUGUAAAGAUAAUGAUAAUAAUAUACCGGAUAAAGUAAAUUGUAAAGCAACAAAAUGCAAUCAA